AAAACUGUAACAUCCGCUGUAUGAACGGUGGGAGCUGUGCUGAUGACCACUGCCAGUGUCAGAAAGGAUACGUGGGAAACCACUGUGGCCAACCGGUGUGUGAGACAGGUUGUCAGAAUGGAGGACGGUGUGUGGCUCCUAACCGUUGUGUUUGUACCUACGGCUUCACGGGGGCACAGUGUGAGAGAGACUACCGUACAGGGCCGUGCUUUGCGUCUGUGAGUAACCAGAUGUGCCAGGGCCAGCUGACGGGCAUCGUGUGUACCAAGACGCUGUGCUGUGCCACCGUGGGGAGGGCAUGGGGACACCCCUGUGAGAUGUGCCCCGCCCAGCCUCACCCCUGCAGGAGAGGAUUUAUACCCAACCACCGUACUGGAGCUUGUCAAGAUGUGGAUGAGUGCCAGGCCAUCCCAGGUCUGUGUCAGGGUGGGAACUGUAUCAACACUGUGGGAUCCUUCCAGUGUAAAUGUCCUGCUGGACACAAGUUCAAUGAGAUCACACAGAAAUGUGAAGAUCUAGAUGAGUGUUCUAGAAUCCCAGGUCUGUGUAGUGGAGGAGAGUGUUCCAACUGUGGGCAGUUACUUCUGCAGGUGUUCUCAGGGCUACUACACUCCAGUGGAUGGCUCCAGGUGUACCAGAUGCCCGGGGUGGGUACUGCUAUGCCAGCCUGCUGA